UUGAUGCAGUUCAAACUCUAUAAAUCUAAUUCCAAAUAUUUGCCAAAAAUACAUACUUUUAUUACGAUAUAUCUAUUUAAAUAUUUCAGAAACCACUCUCAUCAUGCGCUACUCUUUCUUUUCACAAAUUGCACGGCGCUUGGCACACACUAUGCCAAUUUCAAUAACACAUCACAAGCCAAAAUUAGUAGUACCAGCAAAAGUAACACCUCGUGUGACAAAACAUCUUUCUGACAUAGAUGAUCAAGGGAGUGUACGUCUCCAUGUUCCCAUAUUAAUGUUUUACAAAAAUAAUUCUUCAAUGAAAGGUAAAGAUCCAGCAAAAUUUAUCAAUGAUGGAUUGUCUAAAGCACUAGUGUUUUACUAUCCAUUAGCUGAUAGGCUCAUUGAAGGGCCUAAUAAGAAACUUAUGGUGAAUUGCAAUAGUGAAGGAAUCUUGUUUGUUGAAGCUGAUGCCAAUGUGGAGCUUGAGAAAUUAGGAGAGUCAAUUAAACCACCAUGUCCAUACUUGGAUUUACUACUGCACAAUGUUCCUGGUUCUGAUGGGAUCAUUGGCUGCCCUCUUUUGUUAGUUCAGGUGACCCGUUUUAGUUAUGGGGGAUUUGUUGUUGGAAUCAGAUUGAAUCACACUAUGAUGGAUGGCUAUGGCAUGAAAUUGUUUCUAAAUGCAUUAAGUGAACUAAUUCAAGGAGCUGAUGCACCUUCCAUAUUACCUGUAUGGCAAAGGGAUCUCCUAAGUGCUAGAUCAUCACCCCGCAUUACAUGUACUCACCAUGAGUUUGAUGAGCAAAUUGGAUCAAGAAUUGCAUGGGAAUCCAUUGAAGACAAGUUGAUACAACAAUCAUUUUUCUUUGGAAAUAAAGUGAUGGAAGCCAUCAAAAAUCAAGUUUCUCCAAAUUGCGGAUGUACAAAAUUCGAGUUAUUAUUGGCAAUUUUAUGGAAAUGUCGUACAGUUGCUCUUGAUUUGCACCCCGAAGAAAUUGUUCGUUUGACGUAUAUCGUUAGUAUAAGAGGAAAAUCACUAAAAUCUGAACUUCCACCAGGAUAUUACGGGAAUUCGUUCGUUGCUCCAGCGGCAACAUCAAAAGCAGGAUUGUUAUGUUCUAAUCCACUGACAUAUGCAGUUGAAUUAGUCAAGAAAGUUAAAGAUCAUAUAAAUGAAGAGUACAUUAGAUCAGUGGCAGAUUUAAUAGUAAUUAAAGGGAGACCAGAGUUGACGAAAUCUUGGAAUUUCAUUGUCUCAGAUAAUAGAUAUGUUGGAGUUGACGAAUUUAAUUUUGGAUGGGGAAAGCCCGUUUUCGGAGGUGUUCCAAAAGCUAUAUCUUUAAUUAGUUUUGGUGUGCCUGUAAAAAAUGACAAGGGAGAAAAAGGUAUUUUGAUAGCUAUAAGUUUGCCUCCACUGGCCAUGAAAAAAUUUCAAGAAGUUGUAUACAAGAUGACUUUCAAAAAUGUGGAAGGAGUGUCAACAUAAUUUCAAAGAUUAAGGCUUUUUCUGCCUUUCUCAUCAAUGCUAUUUUGGGAAUGAUUAAAUCAGAAUUAUGGAGCUUGUAAUAAUAUUCUAUCCUCUUCCUAUUAGAAUGCACUUGUCCAUCAUAUAUAGUACGUAUAAAUCAAGGAUCUGUUUCAAUUUAAUUAUACAAAGCUAUUUGACUAAGCACGGAGUUUAUGAAAGAAAUAAACGCUUCUAGAACUUGUGAUCUUAAAAAAUUUCAUGAGCUAUUCGUGGAUAUAAAAAGCAUGUCAUUGAAGGUUCAAUUGAGAUCUUAAGAGACUACAUGAAAUCACAAUGUCAUCUA